CAGAGGCCAGCACACGAACGAGGAAGCUGACAGCGUUCGAACGGUCCGCUCAAGGCUCAGAGGUAGCAGCACUGAUCCGUAGCUAGUGAUAGGGUGGCGAGUCACUUCAUGGGCAACAGGCUGCGCCGGCUCAGUGUCACACAUCCGCGCCAUUUGGCAAGCGAGGUCCAGCUUUAUCGCUGACAGUAGUCACGACUCGGACGACUGCGAUCUGCUGCAUCAGCAGUUGCGCAUAAUCCACGCGCGCACGCACAGACGAUCACGCCGCGUUCACGCACCUCUUUCGCUGGCCUCAGCAAGACCGACCUCGUUUCGCAAACACUUCCCUUCUAGCUAAGGUCAUUGUCCAGCAUGACCGAGCAUGAGUCCAGCGUGCCUCCUGGCAUUGCUGCCCUCAAUUCUGCCAUGGAAAAAGACUUUGGUCGGCUCAAGAUUGGCUCUCUGCCACAACAGCCGGCUCGUCCUAUCAAUCUUGACGAGCAAGUAGGCACACAACAGUCAAGCCAAUCGGCUCUGUCCUCGUCCGAUGCGACUCCCACCGGCUCUACUGCUGUCACGCCACCUAUAGCGGUCACGCCAGCCGACUCCGAGCCAAGCCAAAACGGUGCUGCCGAAGCGCAAAGUAUACCACCGGCCAAGUCGAUAGGCUCACUCAGUAAUAACACACCUAUUGCCGCCUCUUCGCCCAUUCGUGCAAGAGACUUCAUCUCGACGCCAGUUAGAAGUGCGCCUCCUCCCCCAACUUCGAGCCAAUCAACCACGCCAACGACCGGGCGACCUCCAGUCGGCCGCGCUACGCCUAGCAUGGUCGGUCAGCAUAGGAUACCCCCUUCGUUGCAAGCCAAGAUGGCAGCGCUGGCUCAACGCAGCUCAAGUGCGCAGAAUCUGUCACAAGGGUCAGGAUCUGCAUCCUCGUCGCUCACGUCGAGCGCCGAUGGUUCAUCCGGUUCGGAUGGCACGCGACGCUUAAAUCAGACGAGUUCGUCUGCGAUCGCAGAUGCGAGAAGCAGUAUCGCUACGCAUGCCGGCGCCGCACGAAGUUCCACGGCAGGCAUGGGCGCGAGUAAUGCUCUCGCGGCCACGUCACCUGGCGGUGCACUUGCUCGCCGUCGGCCGGUCGGAGGGCUGACGCUCGGCGGACUGGAGAGUCCAAAUGCUGGGCCAUCUGUGCCAGGUCGGCAAGGCUCUUUUGGCACGCCGAGCGUCGCUACUGCGCGAUUGGCCGUACCUGGUCAGCGACCGGGAGGUGCUUCACCCGUUGGCGGGCUUGGCGGUCGUCGGAAAGGUCCUCCACCGGGCGGCUUGAGCGGCAUGCGCCUCAAUCCAGACGGGCCAAGCUCAGCACAAGGCACACCGUUCAGCAACUUUAGCAAGAUUGUCGAUCCCUCCGGCAGACUCAACUUUGCCAACAAGGCUGUUUUGCACGAAAAGGGUGUCGACUUCACGUCCGGCGCGUCCUUUGCAAUCAAUAUGCAGGAUCUUACAUUAGAAGAGGAGCUGGGCAAAGGGAAUUACGGCACGGUUCAGAAGGUCUUUCACAAGGCAACAAAAGUCACGAUGGCAAUGAAAGAGAUUCGACUUGAACUAGACGACUCCAAGUUGAAAGCUAUCAUCACUGAGCUAGAUAUUCUGCAUCGCGCAACAGCACCGGAGAUUGUUGACUUCUAUGGCGCCUUCUUCAUCGAGAGCUGCGUCUACUACUGUAUGGAGUACAUGGACGCUGGAUCGCUCGACAAGCUCGGAGGAUUGGAUGUGCCAGAACCAGUCCUCGCUCGUGUGACAUCGUCCAUGGUCAAAGGAUUACGAUUUCUCAAAGACGAGCUACAAACGAUGCAUAGGGACGUCAAGCCGACCAAUGUGCUCGUCAACACGCAAGGCAUGGUCAAGCUAUGCGAUUUCGGCGUCUCUGGCCAAUUAGAACGAAGUCUGGCAAAGACCAACAUCGGCUGUCAGAGCUACAUGGCACCUGAACGAAUCAAAGGAGAAUCGCAAGGAAAUGUAGCAACAUACACGGUGGCAUCCGAUGUCUGGUCCCUCGGACUGUCCAUCAUCGAAUUCACUCUGGGGCAUUAUCCAUACCCGCCGGAAACGUACACCAAUGUUUUUGCGCAGCUGCAAGCAAUCGUGCACGGCGACCCUCCUGCGCUACCGGUCGGCUACUCCGCAGCAGCGGACGACUUUGUCGCAGCCACACUUGAGAAGGUUCCGCAACGGCGGCCGACCUAUGCUGAGCUACUCCAACACCCCUUCCUGCUGGCAGAUGAAGGGAGAGACGUCAACAUGGUUGCUUGGGUGCAGAAGACCCUGGAAGCCAAGGCAGCAUUGGGAACAGGCAAUGUGUCUUCCUCGGCCAACUGAAACCGGCUCCGGACGGCCUGAGUCAUGCCAGUCUGCGCUUCAAACAUAGAUAUACGCACUUGAAGCGCACACUUAUGUGCUAUCUACACGGAUGCAACUUUUGUACGACAUAUCGGCUCGUUAAGGGCUCGUG